AUGUUCUGCAUCCGCCCAAGGGCCAUGCCCUCCACCAUUCGGACCACCAUAUCCGCGAUCCCAUUCCCAAUGAACAGGCUCUCACAAAUACCCCGACAAAACACACCCUCAAUGCUCUCAUCCCGAUCCUUCUCCUCUCUCCUCUCCACGCCAACCCGCUUCCAACCGCAAUCAUUCGGCCGCAUCACAACCCCAACCACAGCCCUCUCUUCGCCGCUGUCAUCCCUCCUCUCCCAGGCGCCCCAGCAAACCCGCUCUUUCUCUGCCAGUGCCUCUCUAGGCGUGCGUCGUGUGACAUUCCGGCCAUCGCGCCGGGUGCAGAAGCGCCGCCAUGGAUACUUGGCUCGCAAGAAGGAUAGAAAUGGGCGGAAGACGCUCGUGCGGAGGAUUCUUAAGGGGCGGAAGGAACUCAGUUGGUGA